AUGUCGUUUUUCAUAAGAGAGUUUGCGCACCUCCAAAUUUCACUCGAAUCCAUAAAAUCUGCCACCCACAACUUUGAUGCAUGCAACUUCAUUGCAGAAGGUGGAUUUGGUAAAGUAUACAAAGGAGAGUUCUCACGUUCUGAAGGUCAAACCAUCGGUGCUGUAAAGCGCUGGAAUAAAGAUCUGGAUCUGGAGUUUCGAAGGGAAAUCAUGUUGCUUUCCGAUAAUAAACAUGAAAAUCUCAUCUCACUCAUAGGAUACUGUGAUGAGGAGAAGGAAAGAAUCCUUGUGUAUGAGUAUGCACCAAACAAAAGCCUUGACUUUCAUCUAGCAGACCCCAAGUUGACGUGGGUUCAACGUCUCAAGAUAUGUCUUGGGGCUGCACGUGGCCUUGAGUACCUACACAAUCCUAGGGAAGCCCAACGAGUCCUCCAUUGUGAUAUCAAGAGUGCCAACAUCCUAUUAGACGAAAACUGGAACGCCAAAAUUGCAGAUUUUGGUUUCUCCAAAUAUGGGCCUGCGAACGUAAAUCGUUCGUAUCUCAUGACCCAAGCCAAAGGCACAUACGGAUAUGCUGAUCCUGAGUUUGUGGAAACCAUGAUAUACACGAAAGAAUCAGACGUCUACUCCUUUGGAGUCGUGUUAUUCGAAGUUUUAUGCUCAAGGUUUUGUAUUGAUUUUGGUUGUGAUGAUGCACGCCGAUCCCUAAUCAAAUGGGUAAAGAAAUCAUCAAAAGAAGAAAUUCGAGAUAAGAUUAUUGAUUCUGAUCUAAGGAAACAAAUGGAACUUCCUUCUUUUGACAAGUUCGUAAAGUUGGCAUUACAAUGUGUGGAAAGAGAGCCGAAACGUCGCCCGUCAAUGGAUUUCGUUGUGAGAACGCUUGAAUCUGCACUCAAAUGUCAAGAAAAAAGAAGAUUGUCGAAGAUCAAAAGAGCUUCAGGUGUCCUGUUGGGCAUUGUUGUUGCCACUGUGCUCCUUUAGUCUAUGGGUCAUGCUAGCGUUUUUGUUUUAGACUUUUAGUAAUAUUAUCAUCGGUUUAACAAUCCUGUUUUGGCAUUAAUUAGCUCUUUCAACCAUGUAAAAUGCGGUUUGAUCGAUCAGGCCUCACACUGACGUUUUGGGGGCAUUUUAGGCUUCAUAUGCAAUUUAUAAAAUUUAGGUCUUUAUAUAUACUGGUGUAAUUAAAAAGGAGCC